GGAGAGCCAGCCAGGCAGAGGCCAGCCUGCUUGGGGAGGAGGCAGGGAGGCGGCUGUGGCCGGCGGUGUUGCUCCCCGUUGGCGCCUGGGAGGGGGGCCCUUCUUCAGACUAGCCCCAAGGCCUCCGCGCGGGACGAAGAAGCCCCCCUGGACGGAGCCAGUGCCCCCGAAGGGGGUGGAGGAGGCAACAUCACUGCAGCCUGGAUCCCAGCAAAGCAGCCGCAGAAACAGGAGGAGAAGGGUUCACUUUGAAGUGAGUUCUCUAAGACAACUGCAGGAAUCCUUGAUGUGUAGCCCCCAUCCCACCCCAAUACACUCAGGAGAAGGUAUUGGCUGACACUGGUGAGACAGGUAGAGCAAGAUUGUCCUGGGAGCAUUCCCACACACGAAGGAGUUUGACAGGUUCAGAAAGCACCUGGUGGCACCCCAGUUGAGAGCUCUGUAGGUGUGGCAGUGGUUUUGGUGCUGUCUCCUAUGACGCUUCAUUUACCUCACAGACACUGCAGCAUACUGGAACAAUAGAAGAUACAAGGCCAUGCUGAGUGAAACUAAGUCAUCUGGUCACCCAAUUCAAGACGCGUUGAUACAGAUAAGCGCAAAACAGCCUGCUGUGACUUCUCCCCAGUCAUGGAGAAUCCAGAGGUUGAAUCAGACUUUCUCCGGAGUGUGCACGCCCUUCUCCGGGAACUUGAUGGCCACCAUCCAGCCUUCCAGAGUGAGAGAGGGAUGUUGCGUUGGACCUUGCAUAAGAAAAUUGAUAGGAAUCCCAGCAAUGGAUCCCUCUUGAUCAGAAUUUUGGUGAAAGAGCUGGAAAGGGCAGAAAGAUGCAACUACCGGCAAUAUAUCAUCCCCUUGCUUCACACACUGAUGUACACACUGAUAAAGGCUCCCUUCAUUCCUGAUUCACUCUAUGAGCGAGUGUAUGAUUUCUGCAAGAAGCUGCUCACUUUGCCCAAACCUUAUUGCACCAUUGGCCUGGAUUACGCUCGGCAGCUAAAGCUGGAACGGACGAUACCAGGUAUACUGUACCAACAAAUGGUCUCUGCAGAGCAAUGUCUCAAGAAUGACUCAUUCCCUUAUCAGGAAAAGGUUUUCAUGUUUGCUGAUCCAGAUUUGCUCUCUGUGGCUGUGUGCCGAGCAUUCAUUGAUGAAAUCAAGGCUGCUCAAACAUUCCAGUGUGCCAGAUCCUGCAUGCUCUAUGUGAUAGAACGAGCCUUUCAAUCAGUGCUGAAAGAACAGUAUGAUGUUAGGGAUCUGCACAGCCUUCUUCAGGCAAAGCCCUUAGAUGUGAUUGAGCACUGUUUUCAGCAAGUUAUGGCAGCCAUUGAACAUGCAGGAAGAGCAAUGAAUGCAGGAUACAGUAAAUAUGUUGAGGAAGUAAGGAAAAUCUACAACACCUUGUUAAGCACUUCAGAAGAAGAUGUACAGAAGGAUGAAGCAGAGAGAAGCCCUGGUAUCCCUCUGCCCAACCCAAGGAUCAGCUUCCACAUAUGGAGAGAUGAGGACCAGCUUUGGAAAGAGCUGGUGCUAUUCCUCCGUUCACCAAGUCAGUCCUGUGAGCAAGAUUCUUUGAGUCCAGAACUUGAUAGCUUUGAAUUCCAAGACCUGGUGCCAGACUUUGACUGCUGUGAGCAGACACGUUUCUCUGUGCUCUCCAAUGACAGUGGAAUUGAGCGAGACCUGCCCAUGCCAGGCGAUGAAAUUCCAUCUUUCUGCACUACUGAGGCUGAGCACUCCCGACUCCAGAGAAAGGGGUGCAUUAAGAAGAAAGGAGCUUCUGUGGAUAGUAUACCUUUCCUACAGAGUGGCUGCAGUGGACAAGGGGUAAAGCCUACUGGAAAACUGCACCGGAAAUCUGGUGGUAGUACCAUGGAACCUAUGGCUGUGAUGAAAAGACUGCACACUGCUCGUGUCUUGGUGCUGGGUGAUGACAGAGUUUUGGGGCGCCUUGCCCAGGCAUAUUAUUCCUUGAGGAAGCGGGAGAGCAGACGUGCCUUUCUUACACGAAGGCUAAAAGUGGAGUUUUACUAUGUGCCUGUUGUGGAAGAACAACCCAUUUCUUCCCCUGCUGAGGAAUACGCUCUGCCUGACCAGACAGAGCCUUGUGAACUGGCUGCUUAUCUUGGAAGAGUUGAUCCAUGGUACGAGAGCAACAUUAACACCCUCUGUCACAUGAUUCCGAAGCUGGCCACUAUGCCCUCUUCUCCUAGCAAAACUGCUGCUUCUGAUCUGUUCAUCAUUGAUGUAAUUGCAUAUUAUGUGCGUCUCGGGUUACAGCCAGUCUUCUUCCAAGUCUAUGCAGUGAAGCUUCACUUCAGUAAUGUAACUUUAGAGCCAAUUGAAGAUAUCUUCAUAAUUGAACUGAACAUAACUCUUGACGACUUCAACCCAUCCACAGACAACCUUCCAGUGAAGAAGAAACCAGCCACAGAGGUUCCUGGCACAGAUCUUACACUAUUGUAUAAAAAGGUCUUGCUGAGUAACCGUGAGAAAGAUGAGACAGUUUCUGUGCGGUCUACAGGCCUUGUAAUGAAAGCUAUCCCUUCAAAUGAAAUUGAAGAUCUGGUGUGCUUAAGUGUGAACAUCGCUGAAGUUGUGAAAACCUCCAAUCUCUCAGGACGAUCAUAUGCUAUGGUGACAAACACUAUUCGAACACGAAACAUCGCACUCAGAAGUGCCGAACAAAGGUCUUUCACUGUGUGCCUGGACAAAGACUCCAGACGGGUUUACAAGAAUGUGAUCAGUAUUGAAGUUUUUCCAUGCCUGGAACCUAGCUACUGCUUGCAAAAGACAAAAGCCAAGCAGGCCACCUUGGAGGAAGAGGAAGAUGUAGGACUAGCCAAAUACCUACCAAAAUCUUUAUUGCUGCCCAUCAACACAUUUGCAGGCAUUAUUCAGUGAGGAAUCUGGCAGUCACCACAAACCCAAUAUUUUGUCAAGAUUCAUUAGAAGAUAUCUCACUGAACUGGGACACAACAUGAAAGGUUCUGGGUGAAAAGGGGAAAUGAAAAAAUAAGGGAGCACUGCUGAAGACUUUGGCAGGAAAUAAAGCCCAGUUGUAUGGUUCUGUGCGAACAGAUGGAAGAGGAAGCAAAAAGGUAUGAACUUCUGAGGCUUUUCUGUUGUGCUUUAUUAAUAGAAUUUUCUCUCCUAUCAAACAAUAAGUGGGGAAAAGCUUUUAUUUCAUCAUUUGAAAUGAAAUAGCUGAUACCAAACAAUCUUUCUUUACACUUAGGCACUGUCAAAUCCAACAGGAUACCAAAAUUCAGAAACCCAGGUUCAGUAGUAAAACCUCAGAAAUCUUUGUUAAGAAACUAUACGUCCAGUCUGAUGACUUUCAAUGUCAGAACUGACCUGCAAAUGUUACCAGCACAUAGCUAAACUAAACACAGUUCAGACUUCAAGCAGACCUAAUUCUUAUUCAUUAAAACUAAUAAACAUAUUCCUCUUUCCUUUCCCACGCCGCCUCUUUCUCUUUGUUGUGCCAGCCAGACAUGUUUUUACAACUGAUCUUGAAUGUGGUUUCCCUCCUUCCCUGGCUUAUCUCAGCACCUGCAUUUAAGCUCACAGUUCAAAAAUAUUUCUAAAACAUACCAUCCCUACUACAUAUCUCAUCACUGUAUCAUGUCAGAACAAAGGUGUGUACAACUCUUGACAGGGAUGCUAGUUAAGAUUGCAAUUCUCUUGAGCCAAGUGUGACCCUAAAUAGUAUUUUACAGAACUACUGCAAGAAAUUUAGAACACUUGAUUACUUGCCAGCUUGCUGUUCUGCAAAUAACUCCACCUUUUAACAUGCUAAAUAAAAUUAAGGAUUUCAAUUUAAAUUAGGGAUUUCCAGUUAAUGAAGCAGCAUACAAUGGUUUCUUUUGUUAUGAAACCAUCAGGAUAAUUUGUUAUAUGUUUGUGUGCAUGAAUUCCUGUCAUAUGCUGCCCUUCACGGAAAAGGAAAAAUGUCUCUUUGGACAAGAAAGUGGAGCAUAUAUGGUGACAAAUCUGUGAAACAGCACCAAAUGGUAUCUAAUGUAGACAGAAUGAAAUUCCUGUGAACAAGAUGCCAUGCAUGUUUUCUGAGAACUAGAGACCUGAUAACCUGCAGGGCACUUUGACCAUGCAGUCCAACAUGGAUGACUAACCUGAACAGAACAGGUGACACAGAUGAAAGAAUUUGGAACACCUCUGUUUGUACAGGCCAGUGAUGCUGACUAGGGACGUUAUCAGACAAGGAAAAUUGGAAGUAUAAUCCAAUGGCAAUCUGAAUGCAAUCAUGGGGUUUAACGUUAUUGCGUGAUAGACUACCACAUGCAAUUUU